GGGCUUCAUACGCGGACGCGCAGCGGCGUCGCGAGCAGAGCGACAUCAUGGCGGCGUCCGGGCGAGCGCAGGUGAUCUCUCUGUACAGAGCGAUGCUGACGGAGAGCCAGAGGUUCCCCUCGUACAACUACAGGACCUAUGCAGUGCGGCGGGUGCGUGAUGCCUUCAGGGCCAACCGUAAAGUGGAGGAUCCAAAAGCUGUGGAGAGACUAAUGGUGGAGGGACAGCAGACACUGGCACUGAUGCAGAGACAGGUUUCCAUCGGGAAGAUGUACGAGACCCAGAAGAACGUGGUGGAGGACUGACCCUCGGCCCCCCAGCAAACAGGAAGUGACAUCAGAGCACUGCCCCCAGCAGCCACACCUACCCGCUUCCUGUUUUGGCCCCAAACGCCACUCGUACAGCUGGGGGGUGAAAUGCAUUGUGGGAGUUGUAGGACAGUGAAGCUGUGAAGCUCCUAGAGUUUUUUUGUUUUAGUUUUCGUGGACACACCGAUCGGUUUCUGAUCGUCGAUCGAUCACCGACUCAUAAGCCUGGCGUCAGACGCAGUACCGCCUUCGCCCACAGAGGGCGCCCCAAUCCACAACGCGUGAAUAAAGUGAGUUGUCGAAUAAAACGACGCGGAAAGAAAUGAGAAUAUAUUAAUUCCAUUUCCACUCGUUUUCGUUUUAUAUAUAUAUAUAUAUAUAUAUAUAUAUAUAUAUAUAUAUAUAUACAUAUAUAUAUAUAUACACACACACUCGCGUGUAUUUAAUUUGUGACUCGCAGAGAAAUUAAAGUUUUUGGUUGAUAAUCGUUCUCUUUAUUUUUCAUCUCUAAAGUUUCAGUUUAUUCAGGUUUUAGUCUCAAUACGUAUUGAUCAGAACUGAUCGAUCGGUGCAUCCCUGUUUCUCUUUCUUGUUGUUCGUCUUAUUUUAUUUUCUAACGCACAAGUCGUCACGUGAUCUGAAAUAUUAAAGAACUUCUAUGACA